AUGAGUUGGGGGUCGAGGAGGGCGAGCCAGGUUUUCAGGUUGGAUGAGGUGAGGUCCUCGCGGAGGUGGAAGGUUACGGCGGAGAAGAAGAGGGGGAGGAGUUCGGCGCGGAGGGAGGGGGAGAUGUGCAGGAUCGACCAGAUUGAGGUGGUGGGGGGUUUGGAGGGAGUGGAGGGCCGGAUGUGGACGGUUGAGGAGGACAUGGCGUGGGAGAAGAUUAGGAGGCGGAGUUCGGCGGGGAGACCGGUGAGGGUGGCGCGGGUGGGAGGGGAGGAGGGUGUUGUUGAGGAGGACGUUGGAGAGGAGUCCAUUGUUGAGGAGGAGUCCAUUGUUGGAGAGGAGUCCAUGGUUGAGGAGGAGUCCAUUAUCGAGGAGGAGUUCAUCGUCGAGGAAGGCAUUGUUGAGGAGGAGUCCAUUGUCGAGGAAGGCAUUGCGGAGGCCAUUGCGAAGGAGUCCAAUGCGGAGGAGUCCGUUAUGGAUGAGUCCAUCGCGCAGGAGUCCAUCGAGGAAGAGUCCAUCGCUGAGGAAUCCAUCGUGGCGGAGUCCAAUGUUGAGUCCAUUACCGAGUCCAUCGUUCAAUGUGUGAAUGCGGCGUGA